AUGCCUUAUCCUCUCGCCACCCACGUCCUGACUGUGGACACCAAUGUCAUCAACAAGGUUGACACAUCCAACCCCCAGAACCUCUACAGCAUGUGGACCGUCUUUGCAAAGUGCGCAGAGUCCGUCGAACAGGGCCGCAGGUUAGAGAACCUCAGCUGGCGCCUGUGGAACCGUGAGACUUUCUGUUGCACCGAGGACGAACAAGCCUCCGUCACCGCCACGAGCCUGCCCAGAGAGAUUCCCCAGGCCAGCAGGCUACAAGACAUCCCUCAACUAUCUGGCAGUGUCGACUCUGAAAACGACGAUGAGGCCGUAGACUUCUCCUCCCUGUCCGCUCCCCUCGAGAUCCGUCCUCGAAUUCAGAGGCAAGACUCGUGCGCCAGCACCCGUAGCAGAGGCAAGGAACGCCACAUCACAUCCGGCGACUUCGAGAAGAUGGUUGUCUCCAUCAUUAAGGAGAACGAGCCCUUGUCCGCGCCCCUGCCUCACAUCACCUCGCCCUACAUGCCUCCCCAGAAGGAGACGCUCGACCUGGCACCCACCUCCCCCGUCUACGAGCACUCGGGGUCAACCACCACCGAGUCUCCUUGCAAGUCAUCUGAAGAGGAGCAGUCCCAGGAGCCUGCCUCCCCCGAAAUCACCUGCCGCACCACCGUCGUCCAUGGCUUCUCUCCCUCUCAGAUCCCCAUCUCGAGGGCUACCGCUGCCUCCCCCAAGGUCAUCUCGCCCGCCGCCAUCCCCGAACCCAGAUCGUCGCCCGCAGCCAAGCCCAUUCAGUCCAAGAAGCAGCCCAUGUUCUCCAUUGGCGAGUCGUGUUCCUCGAGCGAACAGGGCCAGAGCAUUGAUAACCUGCGAUCUAUCCCUGCCCCCGCGCCUAAGCGCAAGAUGAUGUUCCAGGUCGGCGGCUCCUCGGAGGAGGACAGCUCCCUGAAGAGCGCUCUCGCCUCGCAGCCCGGCUCACUUAUCACUGGCCAGAAGAAGACGACGUCGUUUGCGGACCACGUCUCGACCCGCAUGAUCAACGACGACAACUCGGCCAUCGCUGACGACUCGGAGACCGACUACGUCGACGAGAGCGCCAUCGAUGACGACGACGACUCGUCGGACUGGGAAGACUCGAUCGAGGAUAGCAACAAGUCGAGCAUCGACGAGAAAACGUUCUUUCAACGCGUCGACUCCAAGGUCAACCUGACAUCUCGCCGCUCGCUCAUCACGCUCAUGAUUGAGCAGAAGGACCGCACCAGCAAGAACCUUGGCAACAUCGCCUCCCAGUCCACCUCGGCACUCCCCUGGUCUCGCACCAGCCACCCGGCUCCUCCCACGCUGGCCAUCUCCCCUAACGAUUCGGAUGACGCGCCUCUGAUGAUGAAGCGCGGCAUUCGCUCUUCUCCUCUGAAGCCCAUCACCGAAGUGCCUCGGUCCGCCGCUCAGCCCAUCCACGCGACAGCCAGCCACAGUCACCUCCAGGCCGCCCUGUCGCCCCGAACCACGCGCCGCAACAUGCUGGCAACAGAGCUGACUGAGUCUCUCCGUCGCAACCUCCUCUGGGAGCGCCAGCAAAAGUCGUCGACGGCCAAUGCCGUCCUCAAGAGACGUCACACCUCGCACGACGUGGCCAACCUGAAGCAGUACCCCGAGAAGGUGUGCCUCAAGGACGAGGACGCCCCUACCACUACCAACCCCCAGUACUUUUCCAAAGACACGGAUAACUUUGGAGGUUAUCACUCCAAGGGAUGGUGA